UACCUUGGUCUCAAAAUUACUUCCAAGUUUACUUGAAUUUCUGGAAUCGUUCAAAUCAUUCCCAAUUUGUCUGGUCAUGGCUUCUGAUCCCAGCACCAGAAACCAAACAUCAAUACCCUCCUUGGUUUUAUUUGGGUUUGCACAUUUCCUCUCGCCAUUCACAAUGAAUAUGUCAGUAGCAUUUAAUUUAUCAUGCGAUAUUUCAGCGAUCUUUUCUUUGAAUUGUUCGUCAACUUUACAAAAGUUAUACCAUGUAUACUCCAUUGUCACAAUCACAUAUACAUUACAUUCAGAUUGUGGGGGUUGUUUAGUUGUUGCUGGCGAUGGUGGUGUGCUUGUUCCUGGUGGUGUGCUUGUUCCUGGUGGUGUGCUUGUUCCUGGUGGUGCUGUAGUUGUUGCUGGUGAUGGCGUUGUGCUUGUUCCUGGUGCUAUGCUUGUUCCUGGUGCUAUGCUUGUUCCUGGUGGUGCUGUAGUUGUUGCUGGUGAUGGCGUUGUGCUUGUUCCUGGUGCUAUGCUUGUUCCUGGUGCUAUGCUUGUUCCUGGUGGUGCUGUGGUUGUUGUUGCUGAUGGUUCUGUGCUUGUUCUUGGUGAUACUGCGGGUGAUGGUGCUGUGCUUGUUCCUGGUGGUGCUGUGGUUGUUGGUGCUGUGUUUGUUCCUAGUGGUACUGCAGGCGAUGGUGCUGUGCUUGUUCCUAGUGGUACUGCGGGUGUUGAUGCUGUGCUUGUUCCUAGUGGUAUUGCGGGUGUUGGUGCUGUGCUUGUUCCUGGUGGUGCUGUGGUGGUUGUUGGUGUUGGUGAUGGUGUUGUGCUUGUUCCUGGUGGUACUGUGCGUGAUGGUGAUGGUGCUGCGCUUGUUCCUGGUGGUGCUGCGGGUGAUGGUGCUGUACUUGUUCCGGAUCCUGGUGGUACUGCGGGUGAUGGUGCUGUGCUUGUUCCUGGUGGUACUGCAGGUGAUGAUGCUGUGCUUGUUCCUGGUGGUACUGCGGGUGAUGGUGAUGUGCUUGUUCCUGGUGGUACUGCAGGUGAUGGUGAUGUGCUUGUUCCUAGUGGUACUGCAGGUGAUGGUGAUGUGCUUGUUCCUAGUGGUACUGCAGGUGUUGGUGCUGUGCUUGUUCCUGGUGGUACUGCGGGUGAUGGUGCUGUGCUUGUUCCUAGUGGUACUGCAGGUGAUGGUGAUGUGUUUGUUCCUGGUGGUACUGCAGGUGAUGGUGCUGUGCUUGUUCCUAGUGGUACUGCAGGUGAUGGUGCUGUGCUUGUUCCUAGUGGUACUGCGGGUGAUGGUGCUGUGCUUGUUCCUGGUGGUACUGCAGGUGAUGAUGCUGUGCUUGUUCCUGGUGGUACUGCGGGUGAUGGUGAUGUGCUUGUUCCUGGUGGUACUGCAGGUGAUGGUGAUGUGCUUGUUCCUAGUGGUACUGCAGGUGAUGGUGAUGUGCUUGUUCCUAGUGGUACUGCAGGUGUUGGUGCUGUGCUUGUUCCUGGUGGUACUGCGGGUGAUGGUGCUGUGCUUGUUCCUAGUGGUACUGCAGGUGAUGGUGAUGUGUUUGUUCCUGGUGGUACUGCAGGUGAUGGUGCUGUGCUUGUUCCUAGUGGUACUGCAGGUGAUGGUGCUGUGCUUGUUCCUAGUGGUACUGCGGGUGAUGGUGCUGUGCUUGUUCCUGGUGGUACUGCAGGUGAUGAUGCUGUGCUUGUUCCUGGUGGUACUGCGGGUGAUGGUGAUGUGCUUGUUCCUGGUGGUACUGCAGGUGAUGGUGAUGUGCUUGUUCCUAGUGGUACUGCAGGUGAUGGUGAUGUGCUUGUUCCUAGUGGUACUGCAGG